CCGGGUGUCCGUGCUCUGCGUGCUGACCGUGCUGCUAGGAUCAGCCACGGCUGACAUGAGGCCACUCCACGUUAGGGUGGCGUUGGAGCGCGUCAUGGACGGUCCGGGGAUGGAGAACCUGGACCAGGAACAGAAGCUGCUCCUGGUUCGACUCCUGGCCGCUGUCAGUUCGUCUGCUGAUGAGCAGCAAAGCGACCUGGAGGCCGAAGCAAACGAACUGAACCACAGUGAGGCGGACAGCCUGCACGGGUUGCUGGUGUCGCGAGCCCUGAGGGCAGCAGCGGUCGCUGGGAGCCCCCAGCAGCUGCUGCCCCUGGGGCAGAGAGAGCGCAAAGCGGGGUGCAAGAACUUCUUCUGGAAGACUUUCUCCUCUUGCUGAGACACUCUCACAGAGAGACACUCACACACAGAGACACUCACAUAGACACACAUACACACACACAGACACACACA